AUGAACUUUGACGCGGUGGUCCGGAAGGCGUUCAGCGACACGGCCGACGCGGCGGAGCACAAGGCCAAGAAGGGGGCCAAGAAGGAGCUCAAGAGCGUGACGAAGGACGUGAAGAAGGAGAUCAAGCACGAGGUCAAGGACGUGAAGAAGGACAUCAAGAAGGAGGUGCGCGCCGGGAUCAAGGAGGAGCUGGGCGUCGACGUCAAGGAGCUCAAGCACGAAGUGAAAGAUGUGAAGAAGGAGGUGAAGGGCGUGAAGAAGGACGUCAAGAAGAUCAACAAGGCCAUCGACGACCCGUCGGCGUCGAGCGUCGGCGGCGCCGCUGCCGCGGGUGGCAGCUUCCUGAAUCGAUUCAAGAAGUCUGCCGGAGGAGGAGGAGGAAAAGAAGGGCACAUGUCUUCUUCUCCGUCAUCUUCGACCAGCCGCAGCGCCACCACCGAAGAUGGUGGAAACUAUCCACCCCUGCCGCCGCACCUCGGCUGCGUGGAGAAGGAGGGCUGGCUCACCAAGCAAGGGCAAAAGGUGAAGUCGUGGCGGGAGAGAUGGUUCAAGCUCGACGCGCUCGGCUACCUCCACUACUACAAGGGGGUCAACGAGGUGGCGCCGCUGGAUUCGCUGUGGCUGGAAGGUGCGGAGGUGAAGGUGGAGGAGGGCCUGAAGCGGGCGGGCUUCAACUUCUCGGUGCAGCUGGCGCACCCCAAGCCCCGCGUGCUGUACCUCUCCGCCAGGAGCGCCGACGAGCGGCGCGAGUGGAUGGAGGCCAUUCUCGUGGGCACCAACAACGCGCAGAGCAUGCUCUCCUCGUCGCCCACCUCCUCCCAACGCAAGAACAUCUUCGAAGCCGAUGGCUCGGACGGAGAGGACGGCGAGAAGAGCCGAGGCAGCACCUUCUCCCAGCGAGAGCCCACCUUUGUCGAUCUGCCGGACAUUAAGGAAGGAGAGGAGUCGGACGAGGAGGAAGCCGCAGGCGAAGACGAGAAGGUCCUGCUGGCCAAGACCCUGCUCAGCAAGAGCAUGUGGGGUCCGGCCGACAUCCAGGAAUUGGAGAAGACCGGCCUGCUGGUGCCGUCCGAGGAGCCGACUGCAUUCUCCAGCUGGUACGGAGUGGUGGGAUUGACGGUGGUGGGUAGCGGCGCGACGCGCAACGUUGCGGUGGCCGAUGCGUCCGAGGGCACCUUUGCCUGGUGCUCUCUGCGCCUGCGCGGUCGCAUCUCCGUGAUCGGCAAGGACGAGGUGCUGAAGACUGACGACGCGGGAGAGCUGGAGGUGGUCCAGCAAACGCUCACCUCGCCGGUGAAGCAGUUCCUGUGCGAGAACAAGGAGGGCUGGAUGUUCUACGUCUACGUGUCGCCCACCGACAAGCAGAACCGGCCGAAGAAGGAGAAGGGCCGCGAGACCAUCUCCCUGCCCCGGAUCAAGAUGGCGGCCGACACGAAGAAGGAGAUGGAGGACUGGUCCCGGUUCCUGUGGGACCGCGGACUCGAGGGCCGGCGGAAGCAGAUGAUCAACGGGUUCCUGUGGAUCAAGAAGGCCAAGGUGUGGCAGCGCUACUACUGCAUCGCCGACGCCCACUACUUCGAGUGGUUUGAGCCCCAGAAAUUCCGUGCGAUUCCGAUCGCCGAUUUGACGGUGACUGGUCCGGAGAGCGGGCGGGUGAAUCGACCCAAGCAGAAGAGCACGUCGUUUCACGUGCGCAACGUGUUGGAAAACUACAACCACUCGCUAACGGUCACCGAUGGCAAGAAGAUGAACAUCUGCCUCUACACCGCCGACGACGAGCACCUCAACUACUGGAAUCGCGUUCUCAGCCGAAAGCAUGGCGCUUCCUCUUCUUCGCAGCCAGGAAAGGAGAUGCUGAUGCUGAGCUGCGCUGCCGGGUACGCGGGCGCUGCAGUCAAUGGGCUCUCCGCAACGGCCGAGGAACCGAAGAAGGGGCUCAUGAGCGAGCAGGGUUCGGCCAAGGUCAACACGCGAACGUCGUCGCCUGUGACGGAGCUCAUCAACAGCGCCCGCCUCCUGUGCGAGAAGGCCAACCAGGCCACCGGCAAGAGUUCGCUGGGCAACUAUCCGCUUGAGAAUAUUGGAUCCAAGGACGGCCAGUAUCGCAUUCUGUCGCUUGAUGGCGGUGGUCUCCGAGCGGUGAUGGAAGCAGUCAUUCUUACGCGGCUGACCGAGGUCUAUCCGGAUUUGCUGCAGAAAUUCGAUCUCAUCGUUGGCGUCUCUGGCGGCUCUAUGGUCACCGCCGGCCUCGCCACAGGACGAUCGCCUCACUUCCUGACGGAGAUGUUCAAGGUGAUCGGCCCCAUCUGCUUCAAGCAGAAGGCGGCCUCUGCCAAGUUCCCGCGCGAGCCGCUGGAGGUGUUCGGCGCGGAGGUGUUUAAGGGGAUGAAGCUGUGCGACCUGCCGCGUAAGGUCGUGAUCCCCUCGUUCCUGCUCGACAACGAAGCCCCGGGCAACGACCGGAGCUGGGAGCCGCGCAUCUACCACAACCUGCCCAUGAAGGCCGAAUACGAGGCCAAGGAGGGCGCGUGGAAGGAGCAGGAGCUGUGGAAGUGCGUGCUGAGUUCCUCGGCGGCGCCCAUCUACUUCCCUAGCCACGGCAAGCACAUGGACGGAGCGGUGAUGGUCAACAACCCCGCACUCAGCGCCCUGAGCAUGAAAACUUACUCGGACGUCUUUAACACGACCCAGGUGGUGGAGAGGCAAGACCCCUCGCGGAUUCACAUGCUCUCUCUGGGCACCGGGCGCAUGGUCCAGUUCGUGGAGGGCGACAAUCUCGACUGGGGCAUGAUUCAGUGGGCGCCCAAGCUGCCGGAGCUGAUUGUGAAGGCCGGGCUGCUGCACCAGGAGGAGAUGGUGCGGCUCAUGCUGGGCGAGCGGUUCCACCAGUGCAACCCGCUCAUGGAGAAGUUCCUCGACAUGGACAACGCCGCCCUCAUCCCCGACCUCAUCGCACUCGCCAACACGGUCGACCUCGCCCCCACCCUGGCCUGGAUCGACGUCCACCUCUACAACGGCCAGCGCCAGCCCACCAGCCCCACCACAACCACGGCCGAGCCCAUUCCCGUGCCGACCUCCGCCGCGACGUCGAAGGACAUGUCGUACGCCGACGCCGUGGCCGCCAAGAGCGCGACCCCGCCCAAGGACCUCUCGUGCGACCUCUCGGCCUGGUACAGCGCGCCCCUCCAGAUGUCCACCGAGACUCUUGCCCAGGAGGAGUAA